CUCUUGCCUGCUCGACCUACGAGGAAAUAGGCAGCCUGAGCGGGUGGCUCUCCCCUGCGUUCGCGGUGUCAGUCCUAGGAACCUUUACGCGGGGGGGACGUAAAUCCCACUGAACACCAGAUCGGGCUGCUGCAACCUUAAGCAUGUUUAGUAAACACUAUUUACUAACUUGGAAGAACGAACUACUUUAGCGUCUGUCCUGCGAGAUUGCUGCGGUGACCGGGGGCGUGUGAGAGGGAAACACGUAUCUCUCAACCCUCGGUGGUAGACACGUGCCGAGGACCAGUGGCCGAUUCGUGGCUCCCUUACACACGUUUACAAAGUGUCCCGUAGUGGAAGUUCUGCACCAGGAUGAUGAAGGUCAUCAUGUGCCUGCUGUUUGCUGUGCUGAUUUCUGCGCACUACACAAGAGCUCAGUGCUGUCUGAUUGAUAAUGCAAUUGACCUGAAAGUGAAGGAAUUGACAAAAUCCAUUGAAGCAUCACUGGUGUCGAAGCUCCAGAUGAUUUGCACUGAUGUUUCGUCACGUGGUGCUCUUGUCACCUGCCCUUCAGGUUAUGUGGCCACUGGCUGUUCCUGUGGAUCUGCUUGUGGCUCUUGGGAUAUCCGUAGUAACACUAUCUGCCACUGCCAGUGUGCCAACAUUGACUGGACGUCCGCCCGGUGCUGCAAAAUCGGCUGAUGGCUCUUUGGCUGCUUACUGGCUAUUCAGCUCUGGUUUCUGUGCUCUGUGUUGUGCUGUUGCUGUUGCUGUUGCCUUGAGCACUCAACCUGAGUGGAAAGGCGGGUCAAAUUUUGGCCAAUAAAUAGAUGCGUGCCUCUAUAA